GCUGCGCAAUGUGCCAUUCUUGUGUAUGUAAGAUCGGGCCGUCGAUGCUCGCGUCGGACCUGUCCUGCCUGAAAGACGAAGCGCUCAAGGUUGUUGCCGCAGGUGCGGACUACCUUCACUUGGACGUCAUGGACGGCCACUUCGUCCCUAACAUCACGUGGGGUGCCCCCGUGAUCAAGAGCUUGCGUCAGCACACGAACGCGUUCUUCGACGUGCACAUGAUGGUGUCAGAACCAGAGAAGUGGGUGGAUGACAUCAAGGAUGCUGGUGGCGAUCAGUUUACGUUCCACUUGGAAUCGACGUCGAACCCCGAAGCGCUCAUCCGACAAAUCCGCGCCGCAGGGAUGAAAGUCGGCGUGGCUUUGAAGCCUGGAACUGCCGUCGAAAGUGUGUUGCCGCUUGUGUCGCUGGUCGACAUGGUACUCGUGAUGACCGUAGAACCAGGCUUUGGUGGACAGAGCUUCAUGGCCGACAUGAUGCCCAAGGUAUCGUUUCUCCGCGAACGCUUCCCCACCCUGGACAUUGAGGUCGAUGGCGGCCUCGGUCCUUCCACCAUUGAUGCUGCUGCGAAAGCUGGAGCGAAUAUGAUCGUAGCUGGAAGUUCAGUCUUUAAAGCCGCCCUUCCAGCCGACGUCAUAACACUCUUGCGGCGCAGUGUAGAAGUCCAUGGCAAUGGGAAAGCCUAGUACAGUAGUAAUCUAGUAAUACUACUACAGUCUGUAGUAUUCAAGUAGUAUCCCUG